AUGGCGCUCUCCGUCCGCCGCCAACCACGGUACAAGUUCGCCGCGCCGGUGCUGUCGCCGAGCUGCCUCCAGAAGCUGUGCGUUCCGUUGGAGUUCGCGGCGCGGCUCGCGGCCGGCGCCGGGGACGUGCAGGAGGUGCACGUGGUGGACCUGCUCGGCAAGCCCCGGCGCGUGGAGCUGUGCAUGCGGCCGCGGCCGGACGGCGAGGUGGCGUGCUGGCUGGGCGCCGGCUGGCCGGAGAUCGUCAGGAAGAACGGCAUCGGCGAAGGGUGGUCCGUGGUGCUGCGGCGCGAGCGGCGCGGGAUGGCCACCCUGACCGCGUACGACCCGGCCUUUUGCGUCGCGCGCCUCUGCACUCCUCCCGCAGGCAGGUUCGUAGGUGUGACGUCCAAGACCAGGCCUCGGUUCAUCAAGUUGCUUCGACCAGAUGACUGGGAGAAGAUGACAAUCCCUGAUGAGUUUGUGCAGCAGCACUUGAUUGGGGCUGAGAGUUGCCCAAGCAGCCAAAAAGCCUUGAUCAUUGGCCCUACCGGCAAGUUAUGGCCAGUCGAGUUAGAUCAACGUCAAUCGGACGUGCUGUAUGGAGAAGUUUGGGUAGAGUUUCUGACGGCGCAUGAUCUCUCCGAAGGGAACAUCCUGCUGUUCCGGUAUGAAGUUAACAUGUCGUUUUCGGUUCAGGUGUUAAUGCCGAAUGGGUGUAUGAAGGAGUACCCUUACCUAGCUGAUGAGGCAGAUGGACCAAGCACUAUGCUCCCACAAAGUGACAAGCAGCUUGUAGCUGCAACUGUCAGCAAGAGAAGCUACAACAAGAGACAAGUGGUUUCUGCGAUUCCUGCAACGUUUCCUGCAAUGAAAGCUAAGAAGGUCCAGUCGCAGAGCAAACCUGCCGGUGUUGUGGGAAGGCACUCAUUCACGAAGCAGAUCACCAGCUAUUCACUUAAAAGCUUCUUUGCUGUGAAAUUGACCUUUUGCUCAUCAAUUGGUCUUCUAGAAGCAUGUACAAUCCAACUUAAAACAUCCAUGGAGGGGAGCGCAAGAUCUUGGCCAGUAGCUUUCAACAUCGCCAACACCUACGGCUUACUAACUGGGAAAGGCUGGAAAAGGUUUUGCCGAGACAACGAGUGCGAGCAAAACGUAGUCCCGGUAUUUUGCCUACCAAUGCCAGCGUCACUUGCCAAUGACAGUUCUUGUUCCGCGGGUUACAGCUCGGGCAAAGAGAUCAAUGCAAAUCUUGCCUGUAGACAAGCACCUGUCAAUUUGCUGAAAAAUGGAAAACCUUUAUUAGGUGAAAAGUCCAUUCCAUCGUACCCGUACUAUCAGAACAACCAGGAACCUGGUGUGCUUUCCCUGGAGGAAGGAGCUGGUACUUGCAAGGGUCCAAUGAAUUGUCACAAAUCAUUGGCUCGUUCUUAUCUAGGGAAAGGUACGUCUGCCAUGGGAGGAUUUGAUACCCCUCAAGUUGAUGACGGCUAG